AUGCUACAAACACGGGCAACGAAGUUAUCCGGAUCGCUCAAGCCACUCGUGCGGGCCCAGCGCCGCACGCACUGGCACUGCUCAACCCUCAUCUCCCACUCCCCUUCCUCCCUCCUCUCACAUAUCGAAGCGCUCCCCCGACCCGCCCAAGACUCCGUAACGCUCUUUGCGUUGUCAAAGAAUACGCCGCAGGAGUUGGUAGGGCGGGUGAGGGAGGUGUUGGGCAAGGAAGGGCGGACAAGUCUAGGGACGCUGGCGGAAGUCGUCCCUUCGUCGCUACUUUCACGGCUAGCGCCAUCCCUCCCCUCCAAAGACGAGGCAUUCCAUCUCUCCCUCGCGACCUACUCUCCCACCUCGCCCUCAUCCCGCGCAAUCCCCUUCCGCUCAACUCUCCAAGGUCGACCACCCGUCGCUCUAGGCAGGGAAAUCCGGCCUUCCGAGAACGAGGAUCAGGGGGUGGAUGUUGGGUUUGAGAAGUUCUUGAGGGGGGAGAAAUGGGGGUUUGGGGAGAGUGAGCGGGGAGGAGAAGAGGGGGUGGACGAGUUGAGGGGUGUUGACCCGAAGGACGUCAAGGAGCUCGUUGUCUUCACCGCCGACCGGAUACAACCGUUCCUCGACUCGCACUCGAUCUAUUCUUCCGCCGCGACUGUCGGCAUGCUCGGUACCUCGACUCCCUUCCACUCGCCCUCGCACGCGCCUUUCUCGCUCUUCUACGGUUCGGAAGAGGCUUCGACUGGUGCAGUCGGCUUUGCGAUCGUGCAAAACUCGACGGGCGAGAGGAAGCAGCCGCGACUAGACUACGGCGGGUUGCAGCCGCUCGGCGAGCCUUACGAAGUAACAAGCUCGCAAGGCAACAUCGUCCUCUCCCUCUCCUCCCAAAACGCCGCCCGCCUCCUCCUCAGCGCGGUAAACGACCUCUUCGGGACAUCCGCUUCGAACCUUUCCGCUGCGCAGCGGAACCAGGAGAAGGAGAAGGAGUUCUUUGUUGCGGUGUAUGAGGGAAAGCCGGAGCUCCCGCUCGAUUUGAGCAAGGCGAGACACGUCUCGAAGAUCAUGGCCGGCGACCCUUCGCGCGGCGCGAUGUCGGUCGAGACGGAAGAACACGUCAAGAAGGGCUACUACGUCGUCUUCCUCCACCAUCCCUCCGAACCCUCCCUUCUCUCCUCCCUUCCCCCUUGCAAUACGCUCACCUUCCUCUCCGUCCCUCACUCCGACAUCCCUCCGCACUUCUCCACCUCCGAAACUCCAGCACAGGGAGAAGUAGUCGUGGUAGAUUCGUUCAUCGCUGCGAGCGAAAAUGGGGUGGUCGUGAAGCGGAGGGGGGAGAAGGCGAGGGUUUGUGCAAUUGUGGGGACGAGCGUGGGGUUGGAAUAG